AUGGGCCUCGAUGAAGUCAACGACAACGUCAAUGACAAGGUUGUGUCUUCUGAUAACUCGUCCCUCGACAAUGCCAUCGCAGAGACGGGCCAGGUGGCUACCGACAAAUAUGGCCACUCGCUCAUUGCCUUUGACCCGGCUGCCGAGAGGAGACUGCGCACAAAGAUUGACCUCAUGAUCGUACCUACCGUCGCGAUCCUGUACUUGUUCUGCUUCAUCGAUCGCGCGAAUAUCGGAAACGCCAAGAUUGCUGGCAUGGAUGACGAUCUCGGCAUGUCGGGAUAUGACUACAACGCCGUUAUUUCCAUCUUUUAUGUAUCUUACAUCCUCUUGGAGAUCCCCUCGAAUCUGUGCUGCAAGUGGAUGGGACCCGGGUGGUUCAUUCCCCUGAUCAGCUUCCUCUUCGGUGUCACGUCUCUGGCCACCGCCUGGGUCCGCACCACGUCCCAGAUGUCGGCUGUUCGUUUCCUGUUGGGCAUCUUCGAGGCUGGCAUGAUGCCUGGAAUAGCCUACUACAUGUCUCGCUGGUAUCGGAGAUCCGAGCUCGCCUUCCGCCUAUCGCUCUACAUUGUCAUGUCGCCCCUGGCCGGUGCCUUUGGUGGCCUGCUGGCCUCGGCCAUCCUGUCCCUCGACCACUUUGGUGGCCUGCACUCAUGGCGCAUGAUUUUUGCCGUCGAGGGCAUCGUCACUGCUGGCCUCGGUAUCAUGAGCUUCUUCACCCUGACCGACCGUCCUGAGACGGCGCGCUGGCUCACCCCCGAGGAGAAGAGACUGGCUGUUACCCGCGUCAAGUCGGAGCGUGUCGGCACCUCGGUCGUCCUUGACAAGAUUGAUAAGGUCAAGCUGUUCCGUGGCAUAAUGUGCCCCGUCACGCUGAGCACCUCGCUCAUCUUCUUGCUCAACAACGUCACCGUCCAGGGUCUGGCCUUCUUUUUGCCUACCAUUGUUAGCAGCAUCUACGCCAACGCUUCGACCAUCCACCUACAGCUGCACACGGUCCCCCCUUACAUAGUGGGAGCCUUCUUCACUGUCUUCUUCCCCUUGCUCAGCUGGCGUCUGAACCACCGUCAGAUCUUCUUCGUCCUGUCCGCCCCCAUGAUCAUGGUCGGCUACUGCAUGUUCCUUGGCUCAGAGAACCAGAGCAUCCGCUACGGUGCCACCUUCCUCAUCGCUUCGUCGGCCUUCUGCAUGGGCUCCCUAACAAACGCCCAGGUCUCGGCCAACGUCGUCAGCGAUACGGCUCGCAGCGCUGCCAUCGGCACAAACGUCAUGUUUGGCAACAUUGGCGGGCUCAUCAGCUGCUGGGCCUUUUUGCCCACAGAUGCUCCCAACUACCACAUAGGUAACGGUCUCAACCUCGCCACCUCGGGAUCCAUCCUCAUCCUGAGCUCCCUGACUCUUCUCUGGAUGAAUAAGGACAACAUAAAGCGCAGCCAGCGGGAUCUUGACACUGAGCUGGCUGGACUGACCCAGCAACAGAUCGAGGAUCUGGAUUGGAAGCACCCUGGAUUCCGUUGGCGUCCCUGA